CACCUCCCCAGAUUCCGCCUAAGCUAAAGAGCUCACACAUUUAUAAAAGUCUGCUUGUUGUACAGGGCUAAUACUCAGGGCUUGGAGCUGUUUAUACAUGAAAAAGCAAAGGAUGGAAAGGAGUAAGAGAGAGGAAAACACAGAAAGACAUAGAAUCUGUAAAUAAGAUAGAGUAAGGGCACAGGGAGAAAUAAGAGAAAUACCAUGGGGCCAGUGUUGAAAGUGAAGGAAUGAGGAGAGGGAAAUUUGGCAAGAGGAAGACUAAAGAACUGAGUAGAAAUGUACAGAAAAGGUUAGGUGAAGAGAGAGGGAAUUAUACUAACUGUGGAAACGGAGCAUAGAGGAUGGUACAGGUAAAGUAAAGCUGUGGGAGGGACGGACUGGUUUAUACAUUGAAUGCUUUAAGUUCUUAGUAGUAUAGAAGGACAAGUCAGAACAAGGGUUAAACUCCCUCCAUACAAACAGAGGAAGGGGGGAGAGAGAGAGCAGAGCACACACUGCUCCUUCCACCCCCAGGGCACGCUCCCCCUCCUGUGCUGUGUUUGGAGAGGAAGACAGAGUUACCCCUCCAGGGGCACUGGCUGAAGUCUUGUUUGAGGACUGGACAUGGUGAACAUGCAUUUUCUGUGGAUUUUAUGGAUUUUGUGCAGCUUCUGCAGGGCACAGGAUAGACAGGGCUAUCUGAUAGGAGCUCCAUCAGUGUUUCGCUCUGGGGUAGAGGAGGCUGUCAGUGUAACCAUCUUCAAUGCAGUAGCGGAAACCAAGAUCCAGCUGCAACUGAUAGUAAAAGGGGAGACUGUUGCUCAUGGUCGUGGUAUAGUCUUUGAUAAAGGAACUGUGAAGAUACGGGUACCACCCGGUGUUCGAGGACAAGCUCACCUAAAAGUUUGGGGUAAUCGACAUCUAACAGAUGGAGGCUUUAUAUUUCACAAUUCCACCACAGUUACUGUGGAUACCAAAGGAUCAUCCGUGUUCAUACAAACAGACAAACCAGUGUAUAAGCCUAAGCAGAAAGUGUUGAUCAAUAUGUAUUUGGUGACUCCUGAUCUGAGACCCACCAAUGAAAAGGUUGAAGCUUAUAUUUUGGACCCUAGAGGCUCAAGGAUAAUUCAGUGGACAGAUUUAAGGCCCAUCUGUUGUGGUGUUGUUAACAUGAGUUUUCCUCUUUCUGAUCAACCUGUGUUUGGGGAGUGGCUGAUUUUUGCGGAGACGCAGGGUCAUGUAUAUAACAAGUCAUUUACAGUAGAAAAAUAUGUAUUACCAAAGUUUGAAUUGGUGAUAACUCCUCCUCCAUAUAUUCGGGAUAUAAAUUCCUGUGAGAAGGGCACAGUCUUGGCCAGAUACACAUUUGGAAAGCCUGUUCGAGGCAUGCUGACCGUCAAUAUGACAGUGAUGGGUGUUGGGUAUUAUAGACAUGAAAUUGGACACCCAGUUGUCAAAACCAUGGAGAUUUAUGGCUCCACUACAUUCAAUAUCUGUGUCAAAGACAUGAUGCCGGUGGAUUUUGCAGAACACUUCCGUGGUACAGUGAAUAUUUGGGCAACAGUAAACGCAGUGGAUGGCAGCAGACAAACUACAUUUGAUGACAGCACACCAGUUCAAAAGCAGUUGAUUGACAUCAAGUACACUAAAGAUACCCGCAAGCAGUUUAAGCCCGGCCUGCCCUAUCAAGGGAAGGUAGAUGUGACCUAUCCAGAUGGGAGUCCUGCAGAUGGAGUGACAGUGAGAAUUAAAGCUGAGCUUACGCCGAAGGAUAAUGUCUACACCAGGGAGCUUUUGUCCCGAAAUGGACUGGUGGAGUUUGAGAUACCAUCUAUUCCAACAGCAGCCCAGUACGUCUGGCUGGAGACAAAGGUCACAGCUAUUGAUGGGAAGCCGACAGGUGACCAGUACCUGCCCAACUACUUGUCUAUAAGCAGUUGGUAUUCUCCAAGCAAGUGUCACUUACUUAUUCACCCACCUGAGAAGCCUUUGCAGGUAGGUGAGGAGGCUUUGAUUGCCUUGAAGUCUACUUGCCCAUGUAACUUUACUCUUCAUUAUGAGAUUGCAUCGCGUGGGAAUAUUGUGCUGUCUGGGCAACAGUUAAGAAAUGUCACUCUACAGAGGAGCAAGAGAGCAUCUACUGUGGCGCUUCACAAAGAUGUACCAGAGACCGUCUCUCUAGCACCAGAUCCCCUGAAGCCAUCUAUUCAAGAUCCAGAGAUGUUUGUAACAUAUUUGCAUUUCCCGAUCACUCAUGUAAUGGCACCUCUGAGCCGCCUGCUGGUUUAUUAUGUGCGAGAUAAUGGAGAAGGGGUUGCUGACAGCUCCCAGAUAAUGAUCAAACCAGCUUUUGAGAACAAGGUAUCCAUAAUCCUCUCCUCUAAUGAAACCAGACCUGGGGAUAUAGUAGAUAUAAAAGUUAAGUCUACUGGAGCAAGCUGUGUGUGUGUCUCCACCGUGGAUAAGAGUGUAUAUUUACUAAGGAACGGUUUUCAAAUCACUCCAGAACAGAUAUUUCUUGAGCUGUCAGAGUUUGAUGUCACAGAUGCAUAUGGGUCAGGAAAGGAUGAUGGACACUUCUGGUGGCCAGGUCUGGGUUCCCAGAGAAAAAGGCGUUCCUCUGUGUUUCCCUGGCAUUGGGAUAUCACCAAAGAUGCAAGGUUUGCUUUCACGGAGACAGGAAUAGUAGUAAUGACAGAUAUUGUGAGUCUGAACCAUCGUCAGAGUGGAGGAAUGUACACAGACGAGGCCGUUCCAGCUUUCCAGCCACAUACAGGAACUCUGAUGGGAUCUUCACACACCAGGAUUGCUCCUCGAAUUGAGAAGAGAAAGCGGACAUUUUUCCCUCACACCUGGAUAUGGCAUUGCUUCAAUGUCAGUGAUGUUACUGGUGAGGGAGAGCUGCGAUUAGAAGUUCCGGAUUCUAUUACUACCUGGGUGAGCGAAGCAAUCAGCAUGUCAGUAGAGAAAGGACUAGGAGUAGCCAGACCAGCUCAUCUCAAAACAUUUAAACCUUUCUUCAUUGACUUCACACUACCUUAUCAUGUAAUCCGAGGAGAGCAAAUCAAAAUACCACUUACAGUAUAUAACUACCUGCCUAUCCAUGCAGAGGUGCACAUAAAAAUUACCAUACCUAAAGGCAUAAAAUUUGUUGGAUAUCCCGGGAAACAGUAUUUGAUCCGGAAACUUUGUGUUGCCUCAGGGGAAACCAAACCCACAUCAGCUGUUUUCUCUUUCACGGAACUGGGACAGACAAACAUUUCAGCUAGAGCUCUGGCAUAUGUCAGUGCAAACUGCUUCUCAGACGGGCCUCAAAACUUGAAGAACAUCAGGUAUUCAGAAGAUGUAUAUGCAGAGAAGAGAUCCCCCUCUGGUAGUGAUUUUGUCCGCAGAAGUGUAAUGGUUGAGCCAGAAGGUUUAGCUCGAGAAUAUACUUACAGUGUCUUCUUCUGCCCAAAUGAGAAAAUUCAUAUUUCUACUCCUAACAAGUUUGAGUAUCAGUACGUACAAAAGCCACAGAAGAUGACACACUUUGAGCUCACAGUGAAAGCCCACAACGAUGCCCAUGUGGCACUUUCUUCAGGGCCACAUGACAUGGCUGAGAUGAUUGAAAUAGUGAUUGGUGGAAAGCAAAAUUCUCAAACAUGGAUCUCCACUAGCAAGAUGGGGAUUCCAGUUACUAGUGCAAGCACAGCAGCUAUUUUAUCCUGGGAUGAGUUCCGUGCCUUUUGGAUCAGCUGGAAGAAUGGAAUUAUACAGGUAGGCCAUGGCACUCAAAGCUCCAAUGACACAAUUAUCGUGGAGUGGACGGCAAGCAGGCAACCUGAUGUGAAAUUCAUUGGUUUUUCCACUGGAUGGGGUUCUAUGGGAGAGUUUAAAAUAUGGCGGAAGCAAGAAACAGAUGAGAACCACAAUGAGGCAUUCACUCUGGGAGUUCCACAUAAUGUCAUCCCUGGUUCUGAAAGAGCAUCUGCCACAAUCAUAGGUGAUGUGAUGGGUCCUACUGUGAGUAAUUUGGAUAACCUCCUUCGACUCCCAUUCGGUUGUGGGGAGCAAAACAUGAUUCAUUUUGCGCCAAAUGUAUUUGUGCUUAAGUAUUUACAGAAGACUAAACAGUUAUGUGCCGAAGUUGAGAGUGAAGCUGUAGAUUAUCUGGUGCAAGGUUAUCAACGACAGCUGACAUACAAGAGGCAAGAUGGGUCAUACAGUGCCUUUGGAGAGAGGGAUUCCUCUGGGAGUAUGUGGCUCACUGCUUUCGUCCUAAAGUCUUUUGCCCAGUCCCGAAGUUUCAUCUUCAUAGACCCAGGAGAACUUUCCUCUGCUAAAGACUGGAUAAUUCAACACCAGAAAAAAGAUGGUUCUUUCCCUGCCAUGGGAAGGAUACUAAACAAGGACAUCCAGGGUGGAAACCAUGGGAAAAUCGCUCUAACCGCUUAUGUUGCAGCUGCUCUUUUGGAGACCGGAAUUACAUCUGAAGAGGAGAGAGUUGCAGUGUCCAGAGCCAAAUCAUUUUUGGAGUCCCAUUUGUUUUCUGCAGAUGAUCCUUAUACCACUGCACUAACAGCAUAUGCUCUGACUCUUCUGCGUAGUACCUAUGCUUCUGUGGCCCUCCGUAAACUAAAUGGCAUGGCUAUAACACAAGAUGGUUUCACACACUGGAGUUUAACUGGUACAUUGGCAACAGAAGAGGACACCUUUAUGGGUUUUAAUGAUGGUCUGUCCCAGUCAGUGGUCUCAGCAGAGGUAGAAAUGACUGCAUACGCCCUGCUGACAUACACCCUUCUGGGAGAUGUGGCGUCUGCUUUGCCAGUUGUCAAAUGGCUCUCACAGCAACGUAAUGCACUUGGAGGUUUCUCAUCUACACAGGACACUUGUGUUGCUCUGCAAUCUCUGGCUGAGUAUGCAAUCCUCUCUUACAUUGGAGGAGUUAACCUUACAAUAUCUUUGGCUUCGACCAACCUUGAUUACCAGGAAACCUUUUUACUGAAUCGGCACAACAAGAAGAUCCUGCAGACGGCAGCGAUCCCCACUAUCCCAACAGGUUUAUUUGUUAGUGCAAAAGGUGAAGGUUGCUGUUUGAUGCAGAUUGAUGUCCAUUACAAUGUUCCUGAUCCAGUUGCCAAACCAGCGUUCCAGCUUUCGAUCCGCCUAAAGGAGCCAAAGCCAGGUAGAGAGCGGAGACAUGCUAACCUCUACACUAAGUCUGGCCUCCUUGACGUACCUCUGCAAGACCACGCCCUGCCUGAUGAUGAUGAUGAUCCUGGGUCUUAUCAAGACCGUCAGGAGUAUAAAGUUACAAUAGAAGCCUGCACAAGAUGGCUUUACUCUGGUGCCUCUAAUAUGGCUGUGCUAGAGCUGUCACUACUGUCAGGCUUCCGAGCGGAUAUUGAGAGUUUGGAGCAGCUGUUGAUGAACAAACAGAUAGGACUGAAACGCUAUGAGGUUGAUGGAAGAAAAGUGCUGUUUUAUUUUGAUGAGAUCCCCAGUCAGUGUAUGACCUGUGUACAGCUGCAAGCUUUCAGGGAAUAUAUUAUGGGGAAAACUGCUCCAGUUCCAGUCAAAAUUUAUGACUAUUAUGAGCCAACAUUUGAAGCCACCAGAUUUUAUAAUGCAAGUGAGAAUAGCCCACUGUCAAGGGAAUUGUGUGAUGGCACCAUGUGUAAUGAGGUAGAGAGCUCCAGAAGUCAGAUAACUGGUUUUGCUCCCUCUAGCGCCUGCAGUGGUGCAUAUUCCUGUCCAGAGGAGGGGCACUUUGAGCGUUGUAUGUGCUACCGAGACUGUGGUUAUGAUGGGGAUCCAGUGUGUGGUUCUGAUGGCAUCAUUUACCAAAACCAGUGCCAAAUGGAAGUAACAGCCUGUAGAAACAACACCAGGAUUGAACGUGUGACAAUGUCACAAUGCACUUCAGAUGAAGAUGCAUCUGAAGAGGAAGUGGGAAUCCAUGAUGUUAAAGAAGAAAAGGCGCCACUUGGGAAAAUGGAAGAGGAGACCCCUGCACCCCAGUCUGAGGUAUCUUACUAUUCAUAUGAAUAUGACACUGAUCCGUACGCUACAGACAAUGAAGAUGGCUUUGAGGUAGUGACAGAGCUUGUAAAAGCUACAAACUCUGCAGAAGAUGCAGGACAAACACAUACACUGGGAACUACAGAAUGAAAGUGAAGUGGCUUCUGAAAACAUGGGUAUCUUAUAAGAAAAAAUGUGACUAAAACACAAUAAAAAUCGUUUUGUUAAACAAUCAAAUAGACUGAUGUAUAGCACAAGAGACACAGAUGGAAUGGAAAAAAAAUAACUUUUGGAUGAUUCCAGUUUGGUUUGACCUUCUGUUUUAUUAUUUUACAAACUUUUAAGUGUUGAACUGGAGUGAAAAAUAAUUCAUGUUAAAGAGAGAGAUAGUACUCUGCAACAACUGGAAGAUUUCACCUUUUCUCUUAAAUAGAACCUUAAGAAACUGGUUUAUGGGCAACAGAAGAUAUUUAAUCUGCUGACACAUCCUUAAGAAGUUGUGUGUUCGUCCCUCCUGCUCAACAUUCUAUGCUGGGGACUUAAGUCAGACUGACUGAAAAUCAAAACAAAACAUUGGUUCUAAUAUAAAAAAAUAGCAUUUCUGAUGGCUAAAUAUUGUUACAUUUUUAUUUUAUCUAUAUGAGCUAAUAUCAGGAUUAAAAUAAUAUUUCUAAGGUGUAAAGAUAUUAUUUCCAGUUUCUGUACAGUUAAAAUGCAUGCUUUUUCAUAAAUCUGUUAAAAUAAAGUGUGAAAACAAUUCUAAAUUUAUAUAUAAACAAUCCAUUUAAAAAUGACACUGGCAACUCGCAAUAUAUAUAUAUAUAUAUAUAUAUAUGUGCAUAUGUAUAUAUAUAUAUAUAUAUAUAUAUAUACAGGUAGCCCUCCGUUUACGCCGGAGUUAGGUUCCAGAAGGAAUGGUUUUAAAUCGAAACCCAGUUUAUAAUGUAAGUCAAUGGGAAGUGAGGGAGAUAGGUUCCAGGCCCCUCUCAAAAUUGUCAUAAGUAACACCUAAUACAUUAUUUUUAAAGCUUUGAAAUGAAGACUUUAAAUGCUAAACAGCAUUAUAAACCUAAUAAAAUAAUCACACAACACAGACUUCACUUGCAUUUUUCUGCAAACAGUUCUUUCUAUGCAUUCCAAUCUGGACUGAUUUAUAGACAGGAAGAUCUUGUUCCUUUGAAAUCUGCUUGAUAGCUCAGGUCUGGUUAAACUGAUUAAUUUCAGCUUGCUUGGCUUUGCUGCAACAUAAGCGGACAGCUCCACCUACUGGCUAUUUUAAUAAAUGCACUGCUUCUCAAUGCUUUUCAAUAGCAGUCACAUGACUGGAAAAAAAGGUUGUUAUUCUGAAACGGUGUAAAUUGAACCGUUGUAAACCGAGGGCCACCUGUAUGUAUAUAUAUAUAUAUAUAUAUAUAUAUAUAUAUAUAUAUAUAUAUAUAUAUAUAUAUAUGUGUGUGUUUAGAAAAACACAUGAAUUUAUCAUAGAACCUUAUCUACCAUUUUUAAAUGAAUAACCCAUAUUUGCAAAUAUUAGUGAAGAAAACAUUUCGUUUUUAUAUAAAUCUUACUCAUUUCUGCCACGUCAUCCAUGAAGGCCAACUUCCUAACAUAUGGGGGCCUCAGAUCAGUAUUUUGGAAUCUUUAAGGGCCUUGGCUAAAUAUUUUUGAACCCUUAAGGGCUGCAUUUGAAUGUAUUGCUACACACAAAUAAUAAUAUAUUUCCUAAAAAAGUCCAGUGGCACAGGGUCUUGUUUAGGUAAUGUUGCAGGGUAUCCUCUAUUUACUGGUCUCCCCUCCAUAUGGAUCUUUUGAGUUGUGCACAUCUUGUUUGUACAUCACCAGAAUUCCCCAAAACACACAUUUUUAACUCUGUUUUUUCUUGGGGUCACAAAACUAUGGCACACAUUCUUAGAUUUGCUUUUUCCCAGGGGGCCACAAAAACUAGCUCAAAUGGCUGCAUGUAGCCCAUGGGCUGCCAGUCAGCCAUACUUGAUUUACAUGACACAAAUUGAUUUUUAGUAUAUAUCUUAGAGCAGUAAAAAUGCAUCACCUUAUUGUGUUGAUGCCAUCUUGUUAAGUUCCAUCAAAGGAAGCAAUGGCUUGAUUGUGUAUAGCUAAAAACAAAGUUGAUAAGAAAGCACACAAAGUAUUGUAAAAUAUAGUAUGACUACUAAUCCCUUAAACCAACCAUCUAUUUGUGUGAGGGAAUAGUUGCUGAAAUACUUAUAUUAGACAAUAAAGACAUUGUAAUUACAAGACUUUUCUACAGUCUAGCAAAAAAUUAAUAUAGUGUGAGACUUUUUGAAAAUGUUUUGAAUGCAUUAAAACCUUGUUUACCCAGGAGCCAGUCUGGACUUGUUACUGUAGUAGGUAAGGCAAGACACUGUCAUCAUGUUAGUAAAAUCUCAAUUGAGGUUCAGUUCCUUAUCUACAAAUCUCUGCUGAAACCACUUAGGGACAUAUAUGUAGCAGGGUUACAUGUGUCCUUCUAAUUACCAGAAUUGGAAAACUUAAUUUUUAGACAAAAAUUACAGGAAAACUGGGCAAAAUAUAUAAUUAAAGUAUAAUGCAAAGUUGUUUUACUAGAAAUAAUUAGACAUUUAAAAAAAAAAUCUCAAAGUGUUUGCUGUCCAUUUAAGCCUGCAAUAUUCAGCUGAGGCUCACUUUCUGCCUUUCUAUGCAUCAGGAAUAAUGCAGCACUUAAUUCUAUUAUAGGUUUUUAAAUGCUAAACCUGUCAUAAAUGAGUUUGUUUUCCCAUAGAAAUAAAAUGUCUUACAAGUGACUAAAUAUGGAUUGUAUUUAAUAAUUUACCAUUUACAAAGGUUUGAUUGAUCUGGUUUAGUCACUUUUUACUUAGGUGGCCUGCAGCCAAGCAGAGAUAUUUGGAAAUCUUGAACCAAGAGUAACUUUUAAUACCAUUAAUUUUAAGAGAACUGAGUGUUAUAGCCUAGAUACCAUUAUAUGGAUAACAAAUAAAGCAAUGUAAAUACACAGGGCUCUAUUCACAAAGAAAUAUAUUGCAGGUGAAGUGUAGGCGAUUUGAAAUCUUAGCCCUGCACAAUGUAUAGUUAAUCCUGCAUACAAUUCAGCUGCAAUUCUCCUAUUUUAGGUGAAUUGUACACAGCAUUAAAGGGACAUGAAACCCACAUUUUUUCUUUCAUGAUUUAGAAAGAGCAUGUGAUUUUAAACAACUUUCUAAUGUACUUCUAUUAUCUAAUUAGCUUCAUUAUCUUGAUAUUCUUUGCUGAAAAGCAUAUCUAGAUAUGCUCCGUAGCUGCUGAUUGGUAGAUGCACAAAGAUGUGCAUUGCUAUUUCUUCAACAAAGGAUAUCUAAAUAAUGAAGCAAAUUAGAUAAUAGAAGUCAAUUGGAAUGCUAUUUAAAGUGUCAGUAAACUUUAAAAAUAAUGUUAUAUAAGUCUGCACAUAUUAGCCAAACAUGUAUAAAACAUAAUUUCCCCUAUUAAUUAAAAAAAAAAAAAAAAAACACUGUUUCACAGACCCACUCUCUGCUCUCUUUUUUUUUUUUUAAAUUAAUUUGGGAAAUUAUGUUUUAUAAAUGUUUGGCUAAUAUAAUGUUAUAUAAUUCUGCACUGUUGCAGAAUUAUAUAACAUUAUUUUUAAGGUUUACUGUCCCUUUAAAAUUGUAUUCUCUACCUGACUCAUGAUAGAAAAUGUUUGCGUUUAGUGUCCCUUUAACUAUGGAAUAUACAGGGAUAACUCAGCUCUUCUUGCAGGAACUACUCACUGGGUUUGGCCCUUCAUAAAUCAUAGUUAAUGGCGAGAAUUUAAAUGUUUAAAUUCACAGGCCAUUUAAGUCUUAAAGGGGCAUUGAACACUAAAUACCUUUUUAUAAGCAUAGUUAUUCCCUGCAUCCAUCUAGUCAUGGGUGCCACCAUUUUGAAAUCUACCUUUCACUACUUUCCAGUGCUGAUAUGUUUGCACAUGUGCAGCAAUUCUUCAUAUACCUGCAGUGCAACUUACGUUCCAAAAUGGGAGCACCCAUGAUUAGAGGGGGGUACAUGAAAUAUAUUUAUUAUUGAAUGCCCUUUAACAAAUAGAACCCACAGUGUAAUUUGCUGACAUUAAUCCCUGUCUCUUUUGCAGUUAACACACACUCUUUUGUCAUUUCCAUUAUAACUUCCUCUACUUGCCUUUCGUCUCUGCAGCUGUCGUAAUCUGCAAUUACUCUGUAUUCUACAUCACCCUCUUCUCUACCAAUAAUUUAAUGUAUAAAGUCAAUCUGCCACAUAUAUAAUAUAUAUAUAUAUAUAUAUAUAUAUAUAUAUCCUACUGUCCAAUCAAAAACAUGUAUAUAGGCAAAGUGUUAAACAUUUUAUUUCAUUUUUCUGUUAUUGUGACUGAAAGGGGGUUUGUCUUAACACAUUGGGAAAACUGUACACACAUGGGGUGGGAAUGAAGGCGGAUGAGACACAAUAGCGUUAUUUAUCUCAUUUUUAGCCAUCUCUAUCACAGACCCAUAUGUCUUUUUGCAGAGAAAGGGUCAAUGACAAAUAUUAGCAAAUUUAUGUUUUCUUUUGUCUAAAUUUUAAAAGCUUACAAUAGAAAUUUGUAAUAAAUGGAUGGGAUUUUUGUAUCUGAUAAACAACAAUUCUUACACAUCCAUCAUUGUUAAACUAAAUAAAGUGUUUAUAGACUGA